AUGUCGAAUCCACUCGAUACUGACGCUGGCUCUGAGCUCUUCAGCAGCUACGAAGCCGAGCUCAAACUAGUCCAAGCCGACUUGAACCAGAAGUUGGAUCAAAUCCCAGACCUGAGCGGCGAGCCACGCAAAGCAGCCAUCAGCCAGGCAGAGCGAGCGUUAGAAGAGGCCAGCGAGCUGCUCGAUCAAAUGCGCCUUGAAAAGCAGAACAUUCCAUCUGCAACACGUACCAAAGUCAACCAACGCUUCCGCAACCACGAAUCCGACGUCGACUCCGCAAAGCGGAAACUUCGCUCUAUGGCCGAUGACCGCUCUGCUCUCUUCGGCAGCCGAUACUCGGAUAACCCAAACGAUGUACAGCUCGAGCAACGACAGCAAUUGCUGUCUGGAACAGAUAGGUUGGAUCGCAGCUCACAGAGGUUGAAGGCCAGUCAGGCGUUGGCGAAUGAGACAGAGGCUAUUGGUGCAAGCACGCUGGCGGAUUUACAUAGACAGAGGGAGACGAUCCAGCAUACAGGAGAUACUCUGCUGGAGAGUGAGGGAUAUGUGGAUAGGAGUGUGAAGACAUUGAGAGGGAUGGCGCGUAGGUAA